UCGACAACUACGAGUCCAACUGCUUCGAAGUCCUGCUCUACAGAAAGAACAGAAGUCCAGUGUGGUUCUACAUGCAAGUGGCUCCCAUCAGGAACGAGAACGACAAGGUGGUUCUGUUCCUCUGCACCUUCAAGGACAUCACCCUCUUCAAGCAGCCGAUCGAAGACGAGACCACCAAAGGAUGGACCAAGUUUGCGCGGCUGACGCGGGCGCUCACCAACAACCGCAACACGCUGCAGCAGCUGGCGCCCAUCAGCAAACACGAGGUCAGCCACAAACAGUCCAGACUGGCAGAGGUUCUGCAGCUCAACUCCGACAUCCUUCCUCAGUACAAGCAGGAGGCCCCGAAGACGCCGCCGCACAUAAUCCUUCACUACUGCACCUUCAAGACCACCUGGGACUGGGUCAUCCUCAUCCUCACCUUCUACACGGCCAUCAUGGUGCCCUACAACGUCUCCUUCAAGACCAAGCAGAACAACAUCGUGUGGCUGGUGCUGGACAGCGUGGUGGACGUCAUCUUCUUGGUGGACAUCGUCCUCAACUUCCACACCACCUUCGUGGGGCCCGGCGGAGAAGUCAUCUCUGAUCCCAAGCUCAUCCGCAUGAACUACCUGAAGACGUGGUUCGUCAUCGACCUGCUGUCCUGUCUGCCCUACGACAUCAUCAACGCCUUCGAGAACGUAGAUGAGGGCAUCAGCAGUCUGUUCAGCUCUCUGAAGGUGGUCCGCCUGCUGCGUCUGGGCCGGGUGGCCAGGAAGCUGGACCACUACCUGGAGUACGGUGCAGCCGUGCUGGUGCUGCUGGUCUGUGUGUUUGGACUGGUGGCCCACUGGCUCGCCUGCAUCUGGUACAGCAUCGGAGACUACGAGGUCAUCGACGAGGCCACCAACACCAUCAAAAUGGACAGCUGGCUCUACCAGCUGGCCCUCAGCAUCGGAUCGCCCUACCGCUACAACGCCAGUGGCUCGGGCCAGUGGGAGGGCGGCCCGGGAAAGGACUCGCUGUACAUCACCUCUCUGUAUUUCACCAUGACCAGCCUGACCACCAUCGGCUUCGGGAACAUCGCCCCCUCGACGGACGGCGAGAAGAUCUUCUCGGUGGCCAUGAUGAUGGUGGGAUCGCUGCUCUAUGCCACCAUCUUUGGAAACGUGACCACCAUCUUCCAGCAGAUGUACGCCAACACCAACCGCUACCACGAGAUGCUCAACAACGUCAGGGACUUCCUGAAGCUCUACCAGGUCCCCAAGGGCCUGAGCGAGCGGGUGAUGGACUACAUCGUCUCCACCUGGUCCAUGUCCAAAGGCAUCGACACGGAGAAGGUCUUGUCCAUUUGUCCCAAGGACAUGCGAGCCGACAUCUGUGUCCAUCUCAACAGGAAG